GAAAAUGGUGCAUGUUGGCAGAUUGUGUACAGACUAUGAACCUCUUCUUCUGUCUGAUUUUCUAGCACCAAAACAUUACACUGUUAUUAUUAAAGACUCGGACAGAGGUUUUAUCUACAGGACGCGAUGUCCUUUCUGAAUACGUUUCUUGAUGCAGAUGGAAAUUUUCCUCCUGUUUUGAUCUCUUCAGCUGAGAAAUAUUUUAUAUUUUGACUAAAUAAUUUUUGCUCUGUGACUUGUGGGGUCUGGGAGUGGUUCACAGUGGGGUCUCGGGCUUUGGUACAGUGUCGGAGCGGUCCACGGUGGUGUCUCGGGCUUUAGAAAGGUCUGGGAGUGGUUCACAGUGGGGUCUCUGGGUUUAGAGAGGUCCAGGAGCGGUCCACGGUGGUGUCUCGGGCUUUAGAAAGGUCUGGGAGUGGUUCACAGUGGGGUCUCUGGGUUUAGCGAGGUCCGGGAGCGGUCCACGGUGGUGUCUCGGGCUUUAGAAAGGUCUGGGAGUGGUUCACAGUGGGGUCUCUGGGUUUAGCGAGGUCCGGGAGCGGUCCACGGUGGGGUCUCGGGUCUCAGCGCUCUCUGUAUGUCUGUGUGGAAUGUGCUCGAUGUUGCUUUAGUGUUUCCGUCGUGUCAAACACAAUCUACUGCAUCGGCUUUAACGCCGAUGUCAAAACACUGGGGUUUAAAUACUGAUCCCUUUUAUCUGCUCCUAUUCACUCGGGCUGCUCCGCUUCACUGCAGCUUCCUGAGCACGAGCUUUAAACUUUCUCACGGUUUUGGGGAAUUAUGAGCAGAGAAAUAGGCUACAAUUGUGUUUAACCUUUAUAUAAUAAAGAGAAGUUCACUUUUAUUAAUAUAACUGGAGAGUGUUUUAGUCCAUGUGACUUCACCUCAUCACACGCCUGCUGUGUACACCUUUUUUUUAAAUUUCUGUUUCCUUAAACAUGGGGGUGGAGUUGAUAUUUGUAGAGGUGGGAUUAUGCUAUGAUGGGGUGUGGUUUUGUUCCGAUGGGGCAGGGUUUAGUUCCUGUCAGAUGCACUUAUGAUUACGUGGGGUGGGGUUAAGAUAAAUUCUGAUGGGGCGGUCUUAAGCUCCAGCAGGCGUGGUUAAGCUCUGAUGGGGUGGGGUUAAAUUCUGGUGAAGCGCAGUUAAUUUCGCAUUGGGUGGGGUUAAGCUUGGGUGUGGCUGAUGGGGCCAGUGGGGUGGGUUAACUUCUGAUGGGUGGGGUUAAACUGUGGGCCCUAAGUUUCGGUGGGGUUAAGUUCCUUUUGGGGCAGAGAUAAUCUCUGCCAAAUGUAUCGUUGCCAGAAUAAUUUUAGAUAUACAUUUAGAUAUUUUAAUAGAAUUUUAAAGCCAAAACCAAAAAAUAAUAUAAUGUAUUAAACCUUUAGGAAAUAGAAAAUAGAACCGAAAUAUUUUCCUGAGAUUAAUGUUUGAAACUUCACCUUUAAUUCUAGUUGAAGUUUAUAACUACAUGUUGAUGUUUGUGAAAUUAAUACCCUUUACAGUUGCACUGCUUUAAAAUGAAAGGGCGGGUGUGAUUUGUUAUUGCUGAACAGUGAUUUUGUGUUUUUAUGAACUGUUUAUCUUUAAGUCUCUGGAGGUUUAAUGAGAGAGGGAGAGAAUUCCCUCACAUGAUAGUGAUUAGGAGCAGACGCAUGAGAGAUUCUGAUCUAUAUGGGAAUGUAUUUCACACACAGAGAGAGAGAGAGAGAGAGAGAGAGAGAGAGAGAGAGAGAGGAGUUGUUGUGGAGCUGCAGGAGUGGAUGAGGUGACUGUGGUAAAUCCUGAGGAAAAUUAACAGACUUUCUGGAGAAUUUUCAGGGAAUCCUGCUGCAGUGAAGUUGUGAGAUUUUUAAACACUCAGACAGAGAGACACAGAGAGAGAGAGAGAGAGAAAGCUAGAGAGAGAGAGAGAGAGACAGACAGACAGACAGAGAGACAGAGAGAGAGAGAGAGAGAGAGAGCUAUCACUCUGAGAAAACCACAACCUGCUGGAGAGAGGAGAAGGAGAGAGAGAGAGAGGAGAAACAGCAUUAAAAGGUUAGUAUCUUCGUACCUUAAAGUAUUUAUCUGUUUGUUUGUUUGUUUGUUUGUUUGUGUUUAGUUUUGAGUGGUUUGCUCGUGAUGGUUUAAUUAACUGAUCCUCCUGUAACUCAGUCUCGGGUCAGAGAUAUUUCUAUAACUGGAAUAUCUUCAUAUUAUUUUGUAUUUAAUUAGAGAUUUUUUUUGCACGUGACUAAACAACCGGUAACACUUCAGUGACUUUCUACAGUUUAUUUAUGUAUUUAUUUAUUUACUGAUGAAGAGUCUGGAAUCAGGGGGUUUUGUUUUGUUUUUUUGUUUUUUGAUCGAUUUGAUUUGAUAGAUAUUAAAUAAAUUUAACGGUAAUCACUAAGAAAUGUGUUUAUGACCACUAACAAAUAUAUACCCCGCCUUUUUUUAAAAUUAACUGUAAUAUGUGCUGAAGAAUAUUCAAUAUUCUUCUCCAGCUUUAUAGUUAUCAUUGCAACAUAGUUUAUUUUAUAUUAUUUUAUUUUAUAUUAGAAAUCAUGACAGGUUUAUUUUCCGUCCUCCAACAGGGGGCGCUGUGAGCCACAUUAAAAGUGUGUCAGUGAAUUCCACUGGGAUUAAAAAACAGAGCCACAGAUCCAGGUCGUUGUCUAUAAUGUUUAGAGAUUAAAGUUUAUAAAAUGAGAAAAAGAAAACAAUAAAGAAGUAAACAUGUGCUGCGAUAGUAGAAAAGAAAGAAAACAGACGAGCUCUGGGUGUGAGAUGCUGAGAUGAGAAAAUAAAUGUAAUGUGCUAUGGUGUGCAUGUGUGUAUGCGUGCUGUAGGUGUGUGAUGGACGGGUCAGCGUUGUGGGUGGAGCCUCUGCACAGGUGCAUGCUGGUCCUGACGAGUGCGCUCCUGCUGUGUGAGGUCAUCGCUGGACGUCUCUGUAACUCCCUCAUUAACAUGGUGGACAGCUUCCACACCCUCUACGUCCUCAUUGGCCUGAUAAUCUCCACACGAGGUGCUGAGGAGAACCCCAGUGUCUCUGCAGAACCCAGAACAACAGAACCACAGAACGCGUCGUGUCCCGACUCCGGCGCUGAGGAGAACCGCACCUCUCCACUCUCUGGUGGAUGUCGGUACUCUCGGUUCCGCGUGCAGCCGGUCGGAGGUCUGAUCUCAGCCCUGCUGCUCUGCUCACUGUGUGUGUCCUUCAGCUUCGAUAUCCUCAGCCACACCCUGCAGCCACACCCCAUACAGCGCCCUCUACUGGCCACGGCUGUAGGUGCAGUCAGUCUGAUGUUUAAUCUUCUGCUGCUGGUGUGGAGGAGACUGAGAAGACCAGAUGCAGGAGUUAAAGAACUCGGAAAAGGAGACACAGAAACUCCUUUAACUCCAGCAGGUUCUCCUCACGAUGGUGUGCUGAUGUUCUGUAACCCCGGAGUGUCCAGCGUUCUCCAUCCAGACUCUCAGGAUCACACCAUCCAUCCCCAGCCCAACUCCAUUUCCCAUGAUUCCACUCGCACAGAAACAGUCGGAGAGUCUCAGAGCAGCAGCAGCUCAGGCCAUGCAGGUCAGCGGUGUGAUGUGAGCAAGUGUAUCAGAACCAUCACCGCAGUGUUCCACAGCCUCCUGGGUUCUUCUCUGGUUCUGCUGAACGGACUCCUUCACCUUCUCUGUGUGAGGUUUCAGUGGAGCUGUGACGUGAUCGUGUACCUGGACCCGGGGUUCUCCAUGCUCACCGUGCUGGUUCUGAUAGCAGUGGUGGUUCCUGAGCUCUGGCGUCACGUGUUACUCCUGCUCCAGGCGUCUCCAUCGGGCCUGUGCAUGGAGGAGCUGACGGUGGAGAUCGGGCGUGUCCCCGGCGUGUUAGCCGUGCACGAGCUCCACGUGUGGCAGCUCUCCGAGACGUGCGUCGUGGCCUCGGUGCACGUUCACUGGCCGUCGGGUCUGAGCGCGCUCGAGUGUUCUGAACUCCUGAUUAACAUCACGGAGGUGCUGAGGAGGUUCGGGGUGAAGCGCUGGACCGUACAGCCCGAGUUCCUGACCUUUCACCCCGAGGACGCCGCGUUACGGCCAGACUGCACUCUGCGCUGUGGGACAGCGUGUGUGAGGAACAUGUGCUGUUUACCUCCAGAGGAACGUUUCAGCUCCACGUCUGUCCACGUGCACGACAAGAAGCAGGACGUCAUCAUUCAGAACACACACUUAUAACGCUGAUCGUAAAUAUUCAGUAUUAUAGCAGCUACAGCUUUCUCUAACUGCUUCUGUCUGAACACAUUCUCUAAAGUAUUAAAAGGUUCAUUUCCAAAUAUAAACAUUUUGUUUUUCUCUAACGGUCUCUCAUCAGGACCGAAAACAAUCACACAUGGAAGUUAUUUACAUAAAUGUUAUUCAUUUGAAUAUUAAAUAUAAACGAUAAAUAUGGGACCCACUUUAGGAAUUUACAUUUACAGCCGUAAACUCAUCCAUGUAUAGUUGUAUUGAAGGUUUUCAUUUGGAUUUAACUUUAGACGAUUUCGAAUUUGUAUUGAAAUAUUAAACUCGUUUCUAAUUCACAUUUUAAUAAAGAUAGAAUUUCAUUUAAAACAUUUCAGUGUGAUGCUUUGCUGCUAAACGUAAAGACUGAAACAGUUCAUAUUUCUGUAAACUAUCUAUUUAUACGUAAAUAAAUAUGAAAUAUAAAAGCAAAUUCCUACACAAAUUGAAUCCUAUAUUUAACAUUUACAUUUGUUACUUACGUUUAUAUUAAUAAAAAGCUCACUGUUAAACGCUGGACAGGUUUUACAGGCCUUUGUGAAUAAAGUCUGAUUCGUCUGCACUUUAUAAAUAUUAUAAACAAAAGUGUAAACGUGUCGUUUGCUUUAUUUUCUGAUCAUACUAAAGCAGCACUGUUAAAAGUCUGUAUG